AGAGGGGAUGGUCUUUUUUAUCUACCUAUAUGCGCGAAUGUAGAAGGAGUGAACGCGUUAAGAGGUGCCUCGCCGCUGUGUGUGUGCGUGUCUCGCGGCAACUUAUAGGCCUAGAGCACCAACACGCGCCCAAGCACCGCAGCCAGAAUCUAAUACGGAGUUAUUAUAUAUAGGUAUACGCGAGAGAAAAGCGCAUUAUGCAAUGACUGGCUGCAGCUGUUUUUAUUUUCUUUUUUGCUAUGGCUACUAUUACGAUCGAUUCUAUCUUGAGAUGAAUGCAGCUCGUGACAAGAGUCAUCAUUAUAAAAGUCGCGCAAGCUGCGGCUCACGGUCGCGAGUAUAUCGCGCGCGAUCCGACUUUUGCCUUCUACGUGGAGAAUUCACGCAUACUUCAUACACGCGCACCCGGGCCAAUUUUACAUUAUACAUAUAUAUUCGAUACGUCCGUGUAUAAUCGGGAUGACGCGUGAUUCGAAUGGACAGACGGUGAAUUUUCAUUGGUCGUCGUAGCCGAGCUUUUACCCCCACUGCAACAGGGCGCGUAGCUCCGAAAUUAUGUGAGCGCGGGGUGAUUUUUUUACGUAUAUACAGCAACAUAGGUGCGAUCGGUGUCGCAAUUUUCGAACUGUUGCACGUUCGAUUUUCUUCCCUGCGCACAACGGUCGUUUAUAACUUUUAUAUAUUCUUCUUCUUUCAACUGCCAUUCAUUUGUUUCAAUAAUAAGAACGCGUAUGGCGCAUCCACGCACGCAAUAGGAGCUUCGUUGCGCUUGAAUCGUCGCGUCCAAGUGUCGAAAAGUUCAUAAUAGUGAAGUGUAUGAAUUUGUUUCAUUUGUUACGCGGGUGUUGAGAAACUUUUUACGCUAAUUAAAGCGAGCUUCCAUUUCGUAAUAAAGAAUAAUCCAUAUACAAUUAUGAAGAUAUUACCAUUUUAGUAAGUGACUGAAAUUAGUUGUCGUUAAAAAAACUGAAAAUAAUCAAAAAAUAUGUAAAAUGAACUUUAAAAAUGUUUAGAAUUCUAGAACAAAUAAAACGUAUCAUGGAUUCAUUGAACAGACGCGACUUCGUAGCCUCCCCGUACCGAUCGGAGAGAGAGAAAGUUAUUUGUAUCAAACGAUGGAACGUACGGCGAUUCUUCAAAUUGAUCGGUAUUUGCAGCACAUCUCACGUCAAAAUGUCCGUCACAAAAUGUUUAAUCGUUUAUUCUUUGAUAGAUAAGCUGGAUGACUUUUUCGAGAAUGACAAGUGCUGUCGUCUAGCUGACAAUUACCUUAUUGCAAUGGUAUUUACGUACUUUUUAAGAGCCACCUUCGAACCUGAAGAGUACACAUUCACCAAUUUUUUUGCCGCCCUCUUUCUAGCUUACGACAUGGAAGAAGACGAUGGUCAGUUUAUGAUUCAAGAUCUUGAACCAUGGCUCGACUGUAGUCUCACGGAUCUCAAGCAAGCUCGUUGCGAACUCUUCGCGAGGGUGGAUUUUAGAGCGGCCGUAUCGAGAGCCUGUUGCGACAUUGUCAUGCGAGUGGCAAAUCCUGAGCACAUGAUUUGGAAGCGAAGGAGACACUCGUUUCAUUCGGGUAUCGUCCAUCGUCGAUUGUUUUUGAUGGAACCAAAUCAAGAAAUUUGUCCAAUAUGCGAGGGACAGAGCGAGACCGACGAUGAAGAUAUUUCUUAUUAAUUUACGCAGGUAAAGUAAACGAAAAGUUAAAAAAUAGUUUUUAAUGUGUAAAAUCAUAACGUUAUAUUUUAUCUCAUAUGAAUUAAAAAUAUUCGAUAACGUUUAAUUUUCAAGAGAGUUAAUAAAUAUAAGACGCAACCAUAUAGAAUAUGUCAUUAUUUUUAUUGAUUAUUAACAUUGAUGGGCGUGAAUAAAAAAAGUUCAAACAGACAUUCACGUUUCAUUCAAUCGUUCAAAAUACACAUAUAUUAUAAAAGUCAGUCAUAUAUGGACUUAAAAAAUUUAUCAUAGUGUAUAAACAACAAAAACAUUGUACACACAUGGCAUCUAGAGAUAAUUCUAAAAAAUUGUGAUGAAAGUAAAUAAUGAUUAAUAAAAAUGUACACUCA